GGGGUCAAAGAAAUAACUCAGGGUACAACUGCAGUCGCAACUCCACCACCUCCUCCAAGCACGACAACUGAAUCAGCCACAACAACUGCACCAGGUACAACAACUGGGCCAGGCACAACAACUGCACCAGGUACAACAACUGGACCAGUAACAACAACUGGACCACAAACAACAACUGGACCAGCAACAACAACUGGACCACAAACAACAACUGGACCAGCAACAACAACUGGACCUGAAACAACAACUGGACCACAAACAACAACUGGACCAGUAACAACAACUGGACCACAAACAACAACUGGACCAGCCACAACAACUGGACCACAAACAACAACUGGACCAGUAACAACAACUGCACCAGGUACAACAACAGCACCAGUUACGACAACUGGACCAGUGACAUCAACAGGACCAGGAACAACUGGACCAGUUACAACAACUGCACCAGGUACAACAACUGCACCAGUAACAACAACUGCACCAGUCACAACAACAGGACCAGGUACAACAACUGGACCAGUUACAACAACUGCACCAGGUACAAC